AUUUUGCAUUUCUGGGAGGACUGUUUUGUUUACCAACAGUUCUCCUCUCUGUCAGCUCGAGCACAAUGCUCUGGACGCACAGCACAUCCACAGCAGUGUGAUUACAGUGAAGCACGCAGACACUGCCCCCUAGUGAAACACUCCCUGAAUACAGUUAACCCUUUGAUCGCCCAUCAUGUUAACCCCUUCCUGCCCAGUGUCAUUAGUACAGUGUCAGUGCUUUUUUUUUUAGCACUGAUCACUGUAUUGGUGUCACUGGGGAUGUCAGUGACACUAAGCCAGUUCCCCCCCCAGUGUCAGAAUGUCCCGCAGUCCCGCUAU